AUGCCAAAAACGAAAGCUCAUACAUUAUCCAAUGACGAAAAUGAAAAGUCCAUGUUCAUGACGUUGAUGAGUAUAUUAUAUCAGAAUAGCUACCAGGCCCUCAUUAAUAAUUCAUCAGAAACCAUGAAGGAAAUAGAUCUCGACCAUGAAAGAGAUUCUAUAGCUACUUGAUACAAAAUCCUGCUGGUAUACAUAAAUUUUAAGUUCAUUUUUGGCUCCGAAUGUCAUGCAAGUCGUAAAAGACUUCAAAAUUAUUUAGAAAUAUGAUCUUUACGAAGAUAAACAACCAGUUUAUUAAUUCUAUAAUUCUAAGAAAAACCUGGAUCUUGUUCUUAGAAAGGGUAAUUUUUCCAGGAAAAUCGUGCAACUUGCAUACCAUAAAAACAGCUGCGAAAUAAUUCCGCGUUGUCUAUUUUGUAGCCCGACAUAAUAGCCGACUGCGAGGGAGGUUAUAAGUCCGGCAAAAAGUUCUGACAGGGCCUGAAAUCCGAAGUUAGUACUGAAACAUAAACUCGUAAUUUUGCAGUGUUUUUACUAAAUAACCAGAGAAUUCAUCGAGCUUUAAUAAAUAAUUCUUCAAAUAUGUUUUGCCAUGUUAGUAAAACACUGCAAAUUGGGAGUUUAUGUUCACUGUACAGUACUUCGGUACUAAUCAGUGAUCAGUACUUCGGUACUUAGUAAGCAACUUGCGAAGUUGCAUGCUUUGCAAUUCUCACGCCAAAUAUUCCAAAUUUUGAAACGUAAUUGGGAAUAUUCAUCACAAUAAACUUGAGAAUUGCACGUGCUCUCGUGAAUUGCAUGAGCUCUCGAGCAGAACUAAUUGUAAAAAGACAAAGAGAAAUUUCUUUUCGGUCGAAAAAUUCCGCCUCGUGGAAUCAGGCCUUUAGUCAGACUAUCUGCCUAUGUGUCUAUAUAUAGCUGAGUUGCAUUCCACCCCCAAUGUGCUAUUUUUUAUUUUACUCGUUAUGGAGAGAGCACUGGCGCUCAAUGGGUUAACCUACGGUGCCCAAACGAAGACAAUCAUAUUUAAGUCUUGGUAUUUAUUAAAAACGCCACCGUGCUGUUUUGCGCAUACUCUAGGGCAACGCACGGUAGUACAACGAUUGGUUGGUUCUUUUGAGUUUUUUAUUGGAAUUCCAAAGCGGAUUUCAAGUUCUAAAGUGGCAAAAAAUACUUACCAAGCUGAAAAAAUGUGUUUUAGUUUGGGCGCAGUAGACAUAGAUUAUGACGUGUUAUAAUUCGACGCGUGUGCACGUGAUCAUUAAAGCGUCAUCACGCGUGAUUCAAGCGUGAUGAUCUGGUGCUCACUUGCUGACACUCAUCGGUUAUAUAAAAAAGUUUCUUUUAAUUUUGUUGUUCUUUUGUAGCACAAAAUCGAAGUGCUUUUGAAGUGGACGCUAUUUGGCGGAACGACAACAAUGCAAGAGUGACAUGGAUAUCUGAGUAUGGCAGACAAUUCCAUUUGUCCGUUCGACCAGUGAAUUAUAAUGCCAGUACUGGAACUUUCUUGUUGAGCAAAUGGCGCAAGGCAGUGAUUCGUUUCAUUGCCGUACGAAUGGAGCCGACUGCACAGUCAGAUAUUGGCACUGACCGAGCAACCUUCAGCGCCGAGAUCAGCCUCAUAAAAAAUCUGUCGUAUCAAAUACGACUGAUGAACGCUGAUGGUGGUAACUUGACCGCGUCUGUAUUUCUUGACGCUCGUGAAGAAUUUGCUGCCGGUGAGUUAUUUAGACAAUUAUUUUUCUCUCCCGUGUUUAAAUGGCUUAACGGCUCGUUCAAAUGAACCAUUUUUAAAAUUUCAUUUUCUUUUGAGAGGCAAUUUUGCUGCCAUGUAUUUUGGAUGAAAAGCGCGGUUCAAAACCUAAAAUCUUUUUGGGUACUUCCCAAUACAUCCUAUGAAUAUAUAGCUUUUAGUUCAGUCUUGUUCAUAGUAUUAGUUUUUUUAAUUUUAAGUCAGGUAGUCAAGAAACGAUGCUAUAAAAUUGAUGCCAUAUUUAAUUAACAGCAACAUAAUCUCAAACCUUGUUUUCUCUUUGACGUACCAGCCGAGAUCUCUUCAUUUUAUUUAUAAUUUUAAGUUUGGUUACUGACUAAGGGGCGUGCAGUGGAAAAAAUUAAAAAUAUUAAAAAAAAAUUAUAUACCAGAGAAUCAUACUUGAUUAAUUUGGAGCGCUUGCUACGUACGGUAAUGUGUACAUGCAAUAUCUUUCUUCAAUUCAUUUCCUGUUAAUAAUUUCAUGUAGCUUUUAUGUCGUCUUUGGUACAAUAUUUUAAUUUUUUUUCAGAUUCAAAAAUGUUUUAUACAGAACAUUAAAAAUAUUUUUUGUCUUCAGAUGAUAAGAGCGACCGCAACAACACCAUGGACGAAGAGAAUUCGUGCUCGUGGUACUCAUGCCCAGGUAAAAUAACCGAUAUUUUUCAACACUUAUCAUUUCAUUUCAUACUCAUAACUAUAAAAGUUUAAUAUAUGGCCUGUAUUCUUUCCUUUAGCACGUUUGUUCACCGAAAUUUUAAACGAUUUCGGAAAAUCUUGUUUUACCCAUGGCGCCAUUUUUGCUGCGCCGAUCAUCGUUGUGGGAAUGUUCCUCGUUGGAAUUUUGGUUUACGUUGUUAUCAGGUAAGGAACUGACUGCGCAUUUAUUUCAUUGAGUCUUUAUUUUGUUUGUUAUUUAUUUCUAAUCAUUUAGUCCAUUCCUUACUUACAAACCUUUUUCCUUCAUCCCUGCAUCGUUGCUCCUCUUUGCUUUUUUUUUUCAAUUUCUCCUUUGUUUCAAGCGAAAUCAUGACCGUGAAGGAGUUUGUAUAUCUUAGUUUGUAUCAUGCUGAUUUCCAUAAACUUUAAGUUCAGUUUCCUCACCAAAUAUGUCAUUCAUUUAUUUAAACUUUUUGAAGAAUAAGAAUGUUCUCAUCAAGACGUUUCACAAGCCAUUUACAACAUUUGCGUCCGUGUUGUAUCGGAUCAUAGACAAUCCAGAAGACACUUCUGGUUUGUCUUCUGGAUUGACGUUUAUGAUCGGAUAUACAAACUGAAGCCUUCACUCGAAUCUCAGCCAGUGGCGAAGCCAGCCCGACAAUUUGGUCAUGAUAUAUCCAAUACGUCCGUGUUCAUAGACCGUGAAAACGAUCAAUUUUGAAAUCAAUUUUGACCGUGAAAUGAAUCAAUUUUUAGAGAAAAAGAAAAGAAAAGAAUAACGAUAAUUAGUAUAAUUACAUAGGUGAUUAUUGAAAAUUCUCCACGCUGAUUGGUUACCGUUGAGGUGAUUAUUACGCGAUAAUCACCUAAGCGAUUUUCAAAAUGGCGGCCGAAGCCGUUUUGUCAAUUAAAAGACGAAAAAAUGUGCAUUUUUUAAUUUUUUUCCAAAUAAUCACCUAUGAAAUUAUACUAAAACAAUUAUUCACCUCAGGCUCGGUGAUUAUCGUGAAUAAAAACCUCGACUUCGUCUCGGUUUUUAUUCACCGAUAAUCACCUCGCCUUCGGUGAAUAAUUGUUAAUUAAAAUAUGCAUAGCAUGAUCAAAUUUUCGGGCUAGCUUUGCCACUGGUCUCAGCUCCUCUGUAAGGCAAAGGCUUUUUUCAUAUAAUUUGUUUUAAGCUCAGGUAAUGGGCAAUUAAAUUUGCUCUGUCUUGUAAUCAUGUAUUUCAUUCGUCAUGUUAGUAAAAUCAUCUGUUAAUUCCCUGUUCACUAUUCAUGUUUGCAAAUUACGAGGGAAGCAGAAUAAAUCAUUUCAUUGAUUUCUGGCCAUGUUUCUGCUAGUAUUAUCACUUUCACGGGUAAACACAAAAUUUUACAUGUUUUAUUUCUAUCUGCAACGUAUUCUUAUAGGCGAUGUAAAUCGAAGAAACAACGCAGAGAUAUCAACGUUGAAAAACGCACUGUUGAUUCAGUUGAGAAUCUCAAAAUAGACAUCAUACAGCUGCAUGAAAUCAGUAAUGGAGGUUUAACGGAAGUUGUUGUUUGUCCACCAGCAAAGGAAAUGUCAUUGCCACAUCCUGUUGUUGUCGAAAUUCCUGAGAUUCUAAUAACUGCUCCUCUUUCUGAAGCCGACAGCCAAUCAGAAUCGAGCGCAGAUGAAUCAUCCUCAGAUGAAGGAGAAUACAUUCUUGACCUAAUAUGA